UUGAUCAUUGAGGCAACUUUGAAAAAGAUAUCCUUCGCCUUGGUCCAGGAACCCUACAUCGGUCGAAUUGGGGAGAUGAAAAGCUAUCCAGGGACACGAAUAAUACAAUGUAACAGAGAACCCAACACCGAAAAGGUUAUCAAAGCAGCCAUUGUAUUGUUCGACGACACCAUUAACAUAACCCAGUGUCCCGGGUUAACAACGGAAAACAUUGCAGUCGCCAGGUUAAGGACUGGGACCUGGGAGAUGGGAGUGGUGUCUGUCUAUCUGGAAAGCGAUAAGCCAAUCGACCCAUACCUGGACACGAUCGAAAAGGCCGUGGAAGCUUUGGGGACUGGAAGCGUGAUAGUAGGUGGUGACGUGAACGCAUGGUACACCUGGUGGGGAAGCCGGGAGGCGGACGUCAGGGGAAUAGACGUGGCUGCUAAACUCGACGAAUUGGAGCUCCAUAUACUAAAUGAGGGAACUGAACCCACUUUUGACACCAUCAGAGGUGGAAAAAGGUUUUCUAACUGCGUAGACAUAACAACUUGCUCGACGAGCCUGCUUGGAAGGGUUGAAAACUGGAGGCUAUCCGAAGAAAUAACCAGUUCGGACCACAGGGCAAUCCUAUUCGAUAUAAACUUAGAAAAAUCCGUUGGCAUAGACAUAGAAAGAAAAACAAGAAAAUACAAUACAAAAAAGGCAAACUGGAGCGAGUUUCGUGAGAAACUUCUCCAGAUUUGGAGCAAUAAACAAAUUACUAAAAUAGAAAUAGAUAAAAUAGAGAUGAGAGAAGAAUUAGAGAUAAAAAUAGCAGAAGUUACAAAAACAAUAACCGAACUUUGCGACAAUACUUUACCCAAAUUAAAACACAAGAAGCGUAUGGGAUUGCCCUGGUGGACCGACGAGUUAACACAGCGCAAAAAGGAAGUCUCCAGACUGAAGCGUCGAAUCUCAUACGCAGCACCAAUUCGUCGAGAGUGGGUCGUUGAACAAUAUCUCAAUGCAAAGGAAGGGUACCAGCAGGAAGUUAAAAGAGCUCAAACUUCCAGCUGGAAGGACUUCUGUAGCAAACAAGAUAGAGAGUCAAUGUGGGACGGGAUCUAUAGGGUGAUAGGCCGUACAACAAAGAGACAGGAGGAUACUCCCCUUGUCUUAAACGGGAAAACUAUGGGGAACGAAGAAUCAGCCAAGACUCUGGCAGAAAUAUUUUAUCCGGAUGACGACACCCAGGAGGACGAUGCUGGACACAGGCUGAUAAGAGAGACAGCGAGAGUUGUAAAUGAAGAAUCACAUGAUGACUCAUGUGACCCACCUUUUACUAUGGAGGAGCUGAUGUGGUCUGUGUCUAGUUUCAACCCCAAAAAGGCACCAGGGAAUGACGGCCUUACGGCCGACAUUUGUGAAGCAGCUAUAGCCGCGGACCCGAAACUGUUUUUGGCGAUUGCCAAUAAAUGCCUGAGUCUGGCGUACUUUCCAAAAAAAUGGAAAGAGGCGGUAGUAGUGGUGCUGCGAAAGCCUGGAAAAGAGAGCUACACACAUCCCAAAUCUUAUAGACCCAUUGGGCUGCUACCUGUACUUGGGAAAAUCUAUGAAAAGAUGCUAAUUCAAAGAAUUAAAUGGCAUAUUGUGCCUAAAAUUAGCCGGACACAAUAUGGAUUUAUGCCACAGCGUAGCACCGAAGACUCCCUCUAUGACAUGGUGCAGCACAUAAAAGCUAAGCUGAAAAAUAAAAAGCUAAUUGUAUUAAUAUCUUUGGACAUAGAGGGAGCCUUCGACAACGCAUGGUGGCCGGCGAUAAGAUGUAGAUUAGCAGAGUCUGGAUGCCCGAUAAAUUUAAGGCGCCUCACAGACAAUUAUUUUGAGGACAGAGCAGUCCGCGUUAGGUAUGCAGGAGCAGAAUGGGUGAAAACGACUGCAAAGGGAUGUGUGCAAGGCUCAAUAGGGGGUCCUAUAUUUUGGAAUUUGUUGCUCGACCCACUAUUGAAGGAACUAAGCGAAAAAGGGGAACACUGCCAGGCUUUCGCAGACGAUGUGGUCCUGAUCUUCUCCGGGGAUAGGGCAUUGGAAGUCCAAGACCGGGCCAAUGCGGCCCUCGUAUAUGUUCAGAGGUGGGGAGUCAGAAACAAGCUUAGGUUUGCACCACAUAAAACUAAAGCCAUGGUGAUUACAAACAAGAUAAAGUAUGACUCACCACUUCUGAAAAUGGGUGGGGAGAGCAUUGCGUUGUCAAGAGAAAUAAAAAUACUUGGACUCACAAUAGAUGACAAAUUGACCUUCAACACACAUAUUAAAAAUGUGUGCUGUAAGGUACAAAGACUCUACAGCCAACUAAUAAGAGCCGCUAAGAUCAAUUGGGGCCUGAACCCGGGGAUCAUUAGGAUCAUUUACGUUGCAGUAACGGAGCCGAUAAUCAUGUACGCGGCAAGCGUGUGGGCACCGUCAACAUAUAAAUUAAAAGUUAAGAAGCAGCUCGACAUGGCACAACGCGGGUUUGUUCAAAAAAUAAUUAAGUCAUACAAAACCGUAUCUCUACACUCGGCCUUACUACUCGCUGGGUUGCUUCCUUUGGACCUAAGGCCUAACAAAAUACCAUCCACCGUACAACCCUUAGAGCAGGUAACCCAGCAGGAACAAGAGGUUUCAGCUCCGGAACCCACGGACAUGGUUGAGCAACAAAAGGGUUAUCAAAUAAGCGAACCGUCCGAGAAGCCUGAAAUAGACUCAGCUUCGAGCUUCUUCUCACCACCUAAACUCGAUGAGGCAACCACUUCAUCCCCCGUUCUCACAAGAACUGGAUCAAACUUACUGAGAAUACGCACUCAAAUAAAACAGGCAAAAGCUGCAGAAGCUCAAGAAAUUCUAAGAGCAAUGUCAGAGGCUGAAGAAACAGGUGACUCGGACGUAGACAGCGGUGACACCAAUAUCUCACUAGACGCUUCAACAAGAUCAAUAGGAGGGAGUCGCAUGCUGCUCAACGAACUGCCUAGACACGCAAAUGAGAUUCUACAAAGGGCCAAAGCAGACCUGGAAAAGUCGAGUAACCUUAAGAGGGAGAUUCGAGAAAGUGUUGUAGCUGGUCUGUACACGCUUUAUGAGAUGAUCCUAAAGUUAUCCGACUCCCGAAUGCUUCAUAUGUUAGAAUCAAGCAAGCAAAAAGCAAAUGUCUCACGUGAAUCUGAAAGGCUAACUCAAAGGCAUGCAAGAUUUAUGCAUGAGACUUUGGGCCAGUACGCUCUACUGAAAGACAGCAUAGAGAAGCUGCAAAAGGAAACCGAGUCCACUAGACUUAUAGUUUCGUAUGAUCUUUGUGAAGCAAUGACUGCAACAAGGCGAGAGAUCACAAACAUACGGAGCGACACAAACUUGGACUCUAAUCUUGCAAAUCAGCUACGGAUUAUUACGGAAGAAAUAAAGCAACUGCGAGGAGACAUGAUGUCUUCACACAAACCGGUCACUCUAGAAGAGCGACAGUUCCCUAUUGCCGAGGAAUUAGGAGAGCUUCGGCGAAUUACCCAGGAGCUUUCCACCAAAACCAAACAAAGUAUGCCAUCUAAUAGGGGCGAGGAAACUAUCAGAAUAGAGCAGCUUGCAAAGACCACCACAGAAUUGCAACAGCACAUAACAGACACAAAAGCACACCUAACUGCAGAUGUGCAAGAAUUAAAAAAAGAAGUUCAUACGAUAUCACAAGACAUCAAAAGUCUAGCUGCAAUCUGCUCAAGCUCCUCAUUUCCAUCAGUUCAAGCCAGUUUGGAAGAACUCAGGAAAGAUACAAAAGAGCUUAGAGAUACUGCACUUGAUUCAACGGCACCAAUAAGGGUAGCCAUUGAGAGCCUCAGGACUGAACUCAAACAAAGAACAGAUAUUGAAGGAACAGAGCCAAGAGGCUUCUCACACCUGCCCGGAGAAAAUUAUACUGAGCGAUAUCAGCACACACUAAUGCUUCAACAGAAAAAAUUUCCACGCUCCUUCUCAGAGGUAGUUGCAAAACCAAAUUACCCACUCAUAGUGGAGUCAAUUGAUCCCAGACGGACAAGCGAUGACGUAAUAAAGCAGAUUAAGGGCGGGGUCGACGUGGUUGACUUAGGCAUCGGCAUCAACCAAAUUAGAAAGGCAAAGAACCAGAAAGUCCUCAUCAGCUGUGAGUCUGAAGGAGACAGAAAUACACUUCAGGACCAACUUAAAAGCACAGCCAAUCAGCUUACCGUUCACAGGCCAGCCACAAAAUUCCCGCUUAUACGCCUAACAGGAGUCGUCUUCGACUUGACGGAUGGGAAGAUCGUAGAGGCCGUGAUGAAACAAAACGCUACACUUCUAAACGACAUCCCAGCAUCACAAAACCACAUAAAAGUAAUUAGGAGAACUAAGGGUCGCACGAGUUGCACGUGCAAUGUCAUCCUAGAGGUAAGCCCACAAAUCUGGACGAGACUACAAAACCAAAAAGUCAGAAUAGGCUUCCAAAUAGUACCAGCCACAGACCAAUCACCGGUAAUACAGUGUUAUCGAUGCCUAGGUUAUUCUCAUCUAGCGCGAGAAUGCCAAGUUCAGAAAAUCGCAUGUGGGUACUGUGCUGAAUCGCAUGACACAAGAGAGUGCUGCAAUAAAAACAAAGUACCUAACUGUAUAAAUUGCAUAGAUAGAAAGGAAACUGAUGCCAACUGUGCCCAUCCCGCUUAUAGCCCGGAAUGCCCGGAGUGGCGUAAAUGGGACCGGAUUGCCCGAGCAACCAUUUCAUACUGCUAA